CGCGUUUGACGUUUGGUUUGUGUUGCAUUCGUAAUCGUAUAACAUUGUAAACAAAAGCUUUAUAAUACAAAUCUUUCACUUAAAAUAUAAAUAAUUUCAAUAAACAAAAUGCUCCUGAAAAAGCUAUACACUCUGGUGUUCCUACGCACCGACACCGCCAUAUUACUAGGCUUGAAAAAGCGUGGCUUUGGCUGCAACAAGUGGAACGGAUUUGGCGGCAAAAUUGAGCCGAAAGAAACGGUUAUUGAAGCUGCUCUACGUGAGCUGUACGAGGAAUGCUGCGUCACCGUCAAACCCGAGAACCUACAGAGCAUCGGCCAACUGGAGUUCACCUUCGAAGGUGACCCCAUGAUGAUGGACGUCAGAGUUUACUCCGCGAAGGUAUUCGAGGGAACCCCGACUGAGACUGAAGAAAUGAACCCUAAAUGGUUCCCGUACGACCAGAUACCUUUUAAAGACAUGUGGCUCGACGAUGCCCUCUGGUUUCCAUACAUGCUCAAGGGCCAGCCUUUCUAUGGCAAGUUCCACUACCAGGGGUUUGAUAAGAUAUUGCAUUACACUGUUGAGGAGCUGGACUCUAUGGAACAGUUUUAUUUGAAAUAUAAAUGAGGUGCUUGAACUCUUGCAGGCUUUGAAUUUGUCAGGAUUACCAAGAUGGGAUGUUACUAUAAUUAGUUUUCAACAGUAUUCAGUGGCCCACUACAACUAGCAAAGGAUGAUUAAUUAUACUGCUUUAGCUAGCUAUUCAAAUUGUUGCUCAUUAGGAAACAAUAACAUAAGUCUGUGAUAAAUUUACCUACUUGUUAGUUUAAACUGUAAAAUAAAACAUUUGUGAUAAAAAACA